AUGACGGCCCCAGUUGUCUGUUACCAUUGUGCCCACAAUCGAUUACCAAUCCGAAAAACCCUGUCUGCCCUCAGCGAGUCCAUCACAAUGACCGAGGUGAAAAUCUCACCUGUCUAUUUGACGGCCGAAAUGACCCUCCUGGGGCCCUCCAAGCCCAUGUCAGGCGAGAACACGGUAAGAUGGAUUGAGAUUCAACCUUGA